CGCCUGCUUAUUGGCUGCUGCGCGGCCUCGCGUCACCCAGGGGUACUUCCGCUUCCGGCAGGAGACUGGAAGCAUCAGGAUGCUGGGGGACUUGCUGCUUUUUGGGACACUCUUGGUCAACGCAGGAGCAGUGUUAAACUUCAGGCUGAAGAAGAAGGAGAGUCAGGGUUUUGGUGAAGAAGUGAGAGAACCGACAACAGGUGAUAACAUUAGGGAGUUUCUGCUGAGCCUGAGAUACUUCCGGAUCUUCAUUGCCCUGUGGAAUAUCUUCAUGAUGUUCUGCAUGAUUGUGCUGUUUGGAUCUUAAGCAUCUGUGGUGGACUGAGCUGGUGCCUAUAGCAAUCUGGGGGUGACAUUCAGCUGGAAAUAUGUCUUGUCAAUGAAGUAAACAAUUUGCCAUGUUUUUAAGUAUCAGACUCUUGGUCUGUUCCCCCCCCCCCCCGGAAUAGUAGAGGAACGUUUGAGUAUUAGAGAAAUGUUUUCCUCUCAUAUUAGAGAAAUAUUUGAAUAUUACCAGAACAUUGUCCUCUCCAGCAGAUUGUUAAAAGAAGAAACUAAGUAGCUUCCUUCAGCCUUGUUGAAGGUUGGUCCUUUUUUAUUUUUGUGGCUAGGUGUAUAAAGAUGAUUUCUAUGGCCCAUAGAGGGGGCUCCUGGUCUUUGCUCUGUGGAUUGAUUUCUGGUAAUUUUAUUUUAAAGAAAAAAGUAUUUAGAAAAUGCGUCUGGGAGAGUUGGGUUUCCACACUGGCAGAUGUGGUUCCUCAGAAAAUAGAUUUUUCCUUUUAUGCCACCUUCAAACCUCUGUUGAUGGUAGUCACAGCCCUAUAUCGUGUUCUGCAGUAGGAGGCAGGCUUUGAUCUUGCAUCUCUUCCUGUCUCCUUAGUUAAAACAUUUAUUAAUAACAUUUUUAUCCCACCCUUUGUCCAAGGAGCUCAGGGUAGCUUUAUCUUCAUAAACCUGUGGGAGAAAUUAGGCUGAAUGAUGGUGACUGGCCCAUGGUCACCAAGCGACUACGUGUUUGAGUGUAGUUCCCUCUGGUAUAAAUCAGUUAUUCUACAUCAUACACCAUGCGGGCCUGGUUUUGCAUAUAACAGUAAAUCAUGUCUUGUUAAACUGGUUUAUUAAACUAUGGCUUAGCAUUAAAUGUGAAACAUGCCCAGUGACUUAACUAUAGUUUGUUUAUGGCCAAUAAACCAUGAUCUGAAGCCAUGGUUUGUUGCUGGCUUACAAAACCUGGUUUGUUUUAACUAUAUCUUGGCAUUAUGUUUGACCCAGCACCUUUCCUUAACUGGUUUGUUUGUUCCCAUCCCAGAGACUCACCAAGCUAUGCAGCUGUUUCCAGCUAUGGGGAAACAAACCAUGGUGGGACCACCAUAGCUUUCACUAUAUAUCAUUGUGAAAAGUUUCCUCACAGUCAGUUGAGAGCAUUUGUAAAAUAUUUGUACAGAGAGGAGCCAGCAGUGAUGAGUUUAAGGGGACAUUCCAUAGCAAAUGUUCUCCCAUUCCACUUGCCUUGAGGGUACUAUAGGGGGAGACAGUGGCCAAGAAAGGCUCCCCUGUUAGGAGACUCUAGCCAAGGACUUGGUCUUCACAUGGGGGAAAGCCAGCAGCUGUCCAUCUUAGUUCUAGUUAUGACUGAGAAAGGAAGAAGUGCACUGUUCCCCUCAUGCUGAAUGUGAUCCUUAGCCUGCCUUAUUCUUAAAGCAAAACAAACACACCUGUGUAAAUAACAUAUAAUUUUAAUCCUCCCAGUGCUUUUAGGGGAUUCACAGAAGGUUUUUUCCUCUUUUAAGAAAAGUAGUUUUGGCUGGACUCAGUUCUGCUUAACUGCUAAAGAGAAGUGGCUGCCACGUGUUUGUAUUUUUUGGCAAGCAGGUCUGGCUUUAGCUAUCUCAGUGGGAAGGGUGGGAAUAAACUUUAGACAUGCCUAGAAACACCAUUCUCCCUGCAGAAUGCUUUAUUACUAAUGCUCUUCUGAAAUUGUAUAUUACUAUUUACUGUGUUGAAUUUGUAUCCUGUCCUUCCUCCUGAAGCAGCCCUGGGCAGCAGUUCUAUAUGUAUUUUAGCAUCAGUUCUGCUUAAUCAGCAACUGCAGAGUGAUUUAUAAACCUGAUGGAACAUCUUGAGGGAAACUUCAGCAGGGGUCUGAAUUUGGAAAAUGGCAUUGGGUCUAUAACUAUGUAUAUUCACUCUCACACACGCUUGAUUUCUGUAUUCCCUCCCCCCAAAUAAAUUAUAUAUAUAAAAAUUCACAA